UGUUUCUCUUCCUGCGAAAGUCGAUUCAGGGAGUGAGGAACAGAGAGUGGGAUACAAACACUGUGUUCUCUAGCUGCUCGGGGCACUGAGGGACACUGGUGACCAUGACUGCUCCCGAAGAAGCACAGACGCAGCUGCUGGACCCCCUGGGCUGUCACCUCCGCCACCCCAUUCCCCUGGUCCUGAAGCUGCUCUUACUCACAGUCUUUGCUGGGAUCUUGGUGGCCAUCCUCGUCCAAGCCUCCAGUGUCCCCAGCAGGCAGGAUUAUGAGCAGGACCAGUCACAGCAGAAGCAGGCCUACCAGGAACUGGUUCAGAUGAAGGACACAAUAAACAACCUGUGCCGUCCCUGCUCCUGGGACUGGACAUUCUUCCAAGGAAAGUGCUACUUCCUCUCCAAGUCACAGCGGAACUGGCACGAUGCGAUCACUGCCUGCAAGGAAGAAGGGGCUGAACUGGUCAUCGUGGAGAGUGCUGAGGAGCAGAGCUUUCUGCAACAGAUCUCAAAAAGUAAAGGCCGCACCUGGAUAGGACUCUCGGACCUCAAUAAGGAAGGGGUGUGGCACUGGGUGGAUGGCUCUCCUCUGUCAAACAGCUUCAAGAAGUACUGGAACAAAGGAGAGCCCAACAGUUCCGGGGAGGAAGACUGUGCAGAAUUCAAAGGUGAUGGCUGGAACGACUCCAUAUGUAGUCACAAGAAAUUCUGGAUCUGCAAAAGGCCUGCAAAUUCCUGCCCUGGGGAGUGAGGGUCAGUUCCCCUCUGCAGUCCUUUGGAGAAACAGUAUUUUACCCACAUGAUUCCUGCUUCUUCACCUCAUCAAUUGAGGAGGGUGUGAACUUUACCAAUGUCUCUGAGACUGGUCUGCACAGCAGACUUCAACCCUUGAGCUCUGGGGUCCUCUGUGACAUUCCUGGAUUCCUUUUGACUCAGUGGUUGCUUGGACCCAUCUUUGCAAUUUAACACAGUGACCAUGUGUGGAAUAAAUUCAGAGGCUCGGUGUAUUGCGUUCA